AUGACCACAAUCGGAAUGGACCAUAACAAAGCUCAGAAAGAUCGUCUGGAAAGAGGGACCUUUGGCCAAUGGCUGGCUUUCAAAAGUCGAAAGGAGAAAGAUGCGAUUCCCGGUUUGGGGUAUUGGAUAAUAUGCUUGACCUCAACCUGCAUCUCUUCGAACUUGAGUUGCUCGAUGACCAGCGAGAUCGUCGGUUCCCGCAUCUCGAUAGGAACUCAUCAGGUUCAUCUUCAUACCACGCCAAUUACCAAAAUCAGCCCCCUAUCUCGCAACCAUGCGUUUCGCUCAAGCCUUCGCCANAAUGGCCUCAUCGAAGGUCUUGGUCAAUUGACGGACGUCGCGUUCACUGCUGUUGGUACUGCCGGUGAAGCAGCUGUCGAGGGCGGUGAAGACCAACCUGAAGUCAACGCUAAACGCGCUCUCGUCGCACCCUUCAGCGAUGGAAAGGGCAAUGGCCUCAUCGAAGGUCUUGGUCAAUUGACGGACGUCGCGUUCACUGCUGUUGGUACUGCUGGUGGAGCAGCUGUCGAGGGCGGCGAGGACCAACCUGAAGUCAACGCCUAAGUGGACUCAACAUCAAUAUCGCCCUUGGAAAUCUGCUGGAAAGAUUGAAAACACCCGCCCUGAGGGUGACUUUUUGUACAUAUUAAUUCUCGUUCAUGUUAAUAAGUUCGGUGGUUUAGAUUUGAUGUCGUAACGAAAUUGCA